GGGGUAGGACGAUAACAAACUCUGAAAACGGUUUGGACCAGAAUAUGGCUGAGGCGAUUUACACCACGCCCAACAUGGCCAGGAACACACAAGGAGAGAGAGAGGAGAGGAUAGUGGAGAUCUACGCUACCAGUGAGAGCCUCAGAGAUCAACACCAGGACUAUGUGGGGACAGAGGAGUCCUCCAAUACUCUGGGAACAGUAAGCAGUCAGCAGCCGGACCCUGUGAGCCCUCCUUGGUGUCAGAUCAGGGCUGUGGUGGUGCUUCUGGUCCUGCUGUCUGUUGCCCUGCUGGCUGGACUGGUCGGGUUAGCAGUGAAACACAAGAACGUCAUGGAGAGAGACAUGGAGCAACUUUUCCAAAUGCUGAAGAAUGUGACAGAGCAACAGAAGAGCAUCUCGGAGAAGACUAUAAGCAUGGACAGAAAAAUGGAGCAACUUCACAAAAGGCUGAAGAGUGUGACAGAGCAGAUAGACACACUGCUUUGUAAACAGGACUGUCCAGGUGGUUGGACUAAGUUUGGUUGUAAAUGUUUCAGUUAUUCCAGUGAGAGGGGAUCCUGGAGUAAGAGCAGGAAGCUCUGUGUUUCCAAAGGAGCAGAUCUGGUGGUCGUGGACAGUAAAGAGGAGAUGGACUUCAUCAACAGAGGGUACGCUGAGUACUUCUGGCUCGGAGCGACAGAUGAGGCCAGUGAAGGGUCGUGGAGAUGGGUUGAUGGGACCGUCCUGUCAGUGGAUAACCCCUCCUGGAGAAGAGGGAAACCUGAUGGUGGCAAGGACAAGAACUGCUUAAGGAGGGACUGGGGGCAGCAGCCCAACAUUAAAUGGACAGAUGAGAGCUGUAAAGCCAACAGAUAUGGGCUUUGUGAACAUAAUUUAAUGAAAUGA